UGAAGGGUUGAAUAUAAGAGACGGGUAAUCCCUGGAGAGAAUCUACAGAGAGAAGAGAGAGCGAUGUCGUUCGACACUUUCAGCGUUAAUGGCGAAGAAUCAACCACCAUUCCAUCUCCCGGCCAAUUCGACGAAGGUUACUUCGACAGCAACAAUUCCUACUCCAACUUCUCAACAGCUGAUACUCCGUCGUACCAUGGAGAACAAGUUUCUCAUCAAUCCAUAGGCAACACAGAUCCAUUCGGGUUCGGUGAUCCCGAUCCGAACCCUCACUCUCAGUCUGGAUCUUCUCCCUUUGAUGCUUCCUCUAUCCCGAUUUCGAAUGGUAACGGCAGUCAGGAUUACAAUGUUGGAGUGGAUGCAGACGGGAUUUUCACCUCUGAUGGACCCGUGCUUCCGCCUCCAAGUGAGAUGAAACGGGACGAGGGCUUUGCUCUUCGUGAAUGGCGGCGACUCAAUGCAAUUCGCUUAGAGGAGAAGGAAAACCAGGAGAAGGAAUUAAGAAGUCAGAUCAUUGAAGAAGGUGAAGUAUACAAACGGGCUUUCCAUGAGAAAAGACUCCAUAACGUUGAGACUAACAAGAUCACAAACAGAGAAGGAGAGAAGUUAUAUGUAGCAAAGCAAGAGACGUUCCACAAAGAAGCCAAUAAGCAGUACUGGAAAGCAAUUGCAGAGCUCGUUCCUCGUGAGGUCCCCAAUAUCGAGAAGCGAGGCAAGAAGGAUAAAGACAAGAAACCAUCGAUUACAUUCAUUCAGGGACCGAAGCCCGGAAAACCAACUGAUCUCUCAAGGCUACGACAGAUUCUGGUCAAGCUGAAGCAAACACCACCAGCACACAUGGUUCCUCCACCGCCUGCCGCCAAGGAUGAUAAAAAAGUUUCUAAAGAUGUAAAGGAUGCAGCAACAGCAGGUGAAACUGUGUCUGUUGCCGCCAAUGGACCCGUUGAAGUUUCAGCUGCACCGACAGACCAGACUGCCACGGCAGCCACCACGGUCGCUGCCACCUAAGCUGUUAUCUUAUUAAGGAUUUUGAGUUCUUGUUGGUGUGAAAUGGUUGUAUAAUUUUCUUGUGGUGUUUGUCAUUUUACUUGUAUUGUUGAAGAGCUUUUUCCAUUACUAUGGUUUUGAGAGUUGAUUCAAUUAUCGUGUUUAUGCAAGGUUUAUGUAUAUCGGAAAUAGUCUUUUAUUU